GAUGCAUGUUUGCGCCAAAGUAUUUUGUUUAAUGUUUUUCUUCCUUUUGUUUAGUCUGCUGUUGUUUAGUUAGAUUAUUGAUUAUUUGUUAGUUUCUACAAUUGUAAAGCUAUGUAUGUUUCAUGUAUAAUUAUUGUUAUUAUUAAAGUAGAGGAGUUAGUUCAGGCAAGCAGCAUUUCAACACAUUCUUUUCACAUAUCCUGUGUAGAAGUUUAUUUAUAAACUGGGUGGUUCCAGCCCUGAAUGCUGAUUGUCUGAAAGCCUUGGUAUAUCAGACCGUGUGACAAAACAUUUAUUUUUACUGCUCUAAUUACAUUGGCAACCAGUUUAUAAUAGCAAUAAGGCACCUCGGGGGUUUGUGGUAUAUGGCUAAUAUACCACGGCUAGGGGAUGUAUCCAGGCACUCUGCAUUGCGUCAUGCAUAAGAACAGCCCUUAGUUGUGGUAUAUUGCCAUAUACCACACCUCCUCGGGCCUUAUUGCUUAAAUAUACAUGCUCACCUCUGCCAAUUGGAAACUGUUGCCCACUUGUCUGUCCCAUUUCCUUAAUAUGUUCUAUUUCGCAGUGGCAAUCAACACCCAUACCCCCACACUACAACCCUCCAACCCUCCUCCUAUUGCUGCCCAAGAACUGUCUGAUACAGUUGCCCCCCAGGAGACCAGCUUCACCCUCAUCCUCAACCAGGUUGAACCCCCAAUAACCCCCACCAACCAGGAGACCAGCUUCACCCCCAUCCUCAACCAGGUUGAACCCCCAAUAACCCCCACCAACCAGGAGACCAGCUUCACCCCCAUCCUCAACCAGGUUGAACCCCCAAUAACCUCCACCGCCCAGGAGACCAGCUUCACCCCCAUCCUCAACCAGGUUGAACCCCUGAUAUCCCCCAUCACCCAGGAGACCAGCUACACCCCCAUCCUCAACCAGGUUGAACCCCCAAUAACCCCCACCAACCAGGAGACCAGCUUCACCCCCAUCCUCAACCAGGUUGAACCCCUGAUAUCCCCCAUCACCCAGGAGACCAGCUACACCCUCACCAAACCAAAGAAGACGGGGAGAAAGUCCUGUAACCCUCAAAAAACUCUCCAUCUCGCUGAGCAUGACACAGUCAACCCCAUCCUACCCCAUCCAACCGUAUCCUACCCCAUCAAACCCCAUCAAACCCCAUCCAACCGUGUCCAACCCCAUCCUACCCCAUCAAACCCCAUCCUAACCCAUCCUACCCCAUCCAACCCCAUCCUACCCCGACCAAGGAAGAAGAAAUAUGACUACAUGCAAAAAGAGUGUCCAGUGCAUCCGGGGCAAACGAUUUUCCCUGUUCUCAAGAUUCUUGCCAUUAAAACUUCAGAGGAGGUAAAUCUGCAGAACAUUGGCAUUCCUGUGACUGUAUUUACAGGCUAAUCCUAGUGCAACACCAAUUGUAGUUAACUUGCAGGUCAUAGACCUUGUAGUUAAAGUGCCAAUAUGUAACUUUCUGGGUGGCCCGACCAAAUUCACAUAGAAAUGUUAGUUACAGAUCAUCAUUCUCAUUGACAGCAAGUCUAAGAAGCAGUAGAUCUGUUCUACAAUGUGCCUUAUUUCUAUGCUUCCCAUUCUUAAGUUUUGUUAUUGAGUCUUUUACUUUGGUUUUGUACAACAGCUUCAAACAGCUGAUAUUAGCUACCAUGUUAUUGUGGAGCGAUUGCUGCAUAGUGCAGCUUUAAAAAAGAACAGACAUUUCUAUGUGUUUCAUAAUAAAGGAUCAGGAGCAGAAAGUGAGGUGGAAGCCAUGCUCUGGAUGGUACGUUUACUUCAACUAAUCUAGAAUGUAUUGAGGAUAUACUGAACACUCAACACCAUAUGUAGAGGAUAUACUGAACACUCAACACCAUAUGUAGAGGAUAUACUGAACACUCAACACCAUAUGUAGAGGAUAUACUGAACACUCAACACCAUAUGUAUUGAGGAUAUACUGAACACAACACCAUAUUUAGAGGAUAUACUGAACAUUCAACACCAUAUGUAUUGAGGAUAUACUGAACACUCAACACCAUAUGUAUUGAUGAUAUACUGAACACUCAACACCAUAUGUAUUGAGGAUAUACUGAACACAACACCAUAUGUAUUGAGGAUAUACUGAACACUCAACACCAUAUGUAUUGAGGAUAUACUGAACACUCAACACCAUAUGUAUUAAUGAUAUACUGAACACUCAACACCAUAUGUAGAGGAUAUACUGAACACUCAACACCAUAUGUAUUGAUGAUAUACUGAACACUCAACACCAUAUGUAGAGGAUAUACUGAACAUUCAACACCAUAUGUAUUGAUGAUAUACUGAGCACUCAACACCACAUGUAUUGAUGGUAAGUUAUUGCAAUAAUAGCUCUGUCAAUAAAU